CACAGUGGAGGCGGAUAUCCACGAUAACGGAAUGAAUGGAUGCUAAAGCCCCCUGUGCUGUCAUGGUUUUAGUAGAUACACGCGCGUGAAACAGCUCGCGGCUUCAGCGAUGGAGUGUGACAUUUUGGACUCGUUAGAGCAGCUUGGCUAUGACGGCCCUCUGCUUGAGGAGAAGGCGCUGCUCAGAGCCGCAGAAGGAGGCCUGCAGUCGCUUGAAUAUGUAGACCUCUGCAAGUGGCUGUCAGCCAGGUUAAAGCCCCUGUGUGACCUGGAGGAGAGCAUCACCUCAGGCCCAGACGAUAUGGACAGCCUCCAGCUGGAGAUGAGUGGUCUGCUGAGGGAGCUGCACUGCCCCUGUGAAGUUUCAGGGAUUCUCAAGGGCACUGGGCAGAAAACAAAAGACCAUCUCAAGUUUGUCUUGUUUUUAAGCUCUGAGCUUCAGGCCGCCCAGAUUAUGAGAAGCAGGCAAGUCUCUGAUAAACAAGGCCAGAGUCCAGUGAACCAGGAGCUCACAGCAAUCUGUGAAACUCUGAAACUACCUGUGCCAAAGGGACAGGAGGCCGCAGGAGUUUUCUCUCAACUUCAAAAUAAGGUUGAAAACUUGCUUAAAACCCUUCCUGGUGCCUCUGUUGGAAACCCAGUGCUGAAGAAAUCACUCAGUAGUGAACAGUGGGAAAAAUUACAAAGCAUCAACGCAACUCUAUCGUCGGAGUACGAAUGUCGCCGCAGGAUGCUGAUCAAACGGCUCGACGUCACUGUUCAGUCAUUUGGGUGGUCAGACAGAGCCAAGGUGAAGGUGGACAGCAUGGCAGGAGCUUACCAGCCUAAGAGACACUCUCUGAGGCCUCAGUCCUUUGUGGACAUAGCGGCGCUGCUGGCUGCCAGAGAAGAUCUCUGCAAUGUGGUGAAGACCAGCAGCGGCUCGAGCAGGGAGAAGACCGCUUGUGCCAUCAACAAGAUCUUGAUGGGAAGAGUACCAGAUCGAGGAGGACGUCCCUCAGAGAUUGAAGCCCCGCCUCCUGAGAUGCCCCCCUGGCAGAAAAGACAAGAUGGCGGAGGUGGUGGCUGGGGAGGACGUGGCGGUGGUGGGGGACGAGGUGGAGGAGCCUGGGGACAAGGAGGACGAGAUGGUGGAGGUGGAUGGGGAGGAGGAGGAAGAGGAGGGGGUGGAGGUGGUUGGAGAGGAGGUGGGUGGAAUCAAGGAGGACACGGCAGACACGGAGAUUACGGAGGACACAGUGGGCAUGGAGGGAAGCGAGGACGGUACCAGUAUUAGCUUCCACUCAUUGUCUUUUGCUGGGUUUUGUUGUUGUUUUUGUUUUCUUGCGACACUAGACGUAGUUUUUCACAUGACCUCAACUGUUUGUUUGGUUUUUAUGGAUGAGAGAACUUUUUAAAAAUCUGAUGGAUGAUUGUCAGUAUUGGGUGGAAAACCUUAAGCUUUUAUCUGUGCUCAUCGUCAUCAGUGUUUUUAAAGUGAAAGUAGCUAUGCUGCAUGGACUCUGAUGACUGAAACCACUGCUAUCUGAAUAACCUGAUUACAAUGAGGACAACUACACUGUAGUUCCAUUGAUUAUCCUUCAGUAUGCUCCUUUAAGCACAGGAGACUGUUUUUAUUUUUUCCCCUUCCAGGAUCCUGUAAUAGUUAUUUAUAUAAUGGUGAGAAGCCUUUUCUUGUUGUUUUUAAUUAAUAAACCUCUUUCAAUUCUA